AUGCACAGACUAUCGGUUAACUCAUAUCAGGGCAUUCAAAGUGCCAGUCUACUUGGACUGCAAUCAACAGAUGAACCAACCACCAGUUGCUCCUUUGUUUCUCAAUCUUCGGAAUAUUUGAAACACAAACCUAGGCAAAUCCAAAUGAAACGCGACGGACAUUUGUAUGAUUACGACGAACAAGUGGUCAAAGCGACUGCACAUGCGGUGGUAGCGGCGAGUGAACGUCAAUCUCGUACUGCGUUAACUGAGAUUCCUGUAUGUUUAUAUCACUUUGCAUCUGACUGUGCUCUAUCUCGUAUUCCUCAUGGUCGACGGGACGUAAUUCGAGAUCCUUCUAGUACCAGUCGGACUACACCAAAUUCCAGAUCUCGAGCGCGAAGCCAAUUGAGUAGUCAUUCAAUCAAUGUUGCACCGACUUAUCGUAUUCAACUGUCCCUUAGUCCAACCACUAUCAGACGGAAGAGUUUGCUCGGAAUGCCCAUGUCUUUUGACGAUGCUUACAGCAGCCCCAUGACCAUGGGAACAGAAGCAACCAACAGUCAGUUGGCUGCUGUCGAUGGAUAUAUCACACGCCAAACAUCUGGGCCGUCAACAAACAUUAGAAAAAACGACGCAUUGCGAAAACAACGUGGGAUAUCUAUACGCAGUCUGACGCGGGAAGCUUCACAACGAAUAAAUCGUCCACUUCAACGAAUGGCGGCUAGUUUACGAUUAAGGCGUUUAGGUGCAUCAGUAGAUGCACCGAAGCGAGCGCUCAGCAGCUUGAGCUCUGAUCCUACCCACUGUGUGCUUCCGAAGCGCACCACAGAUGGAUCCGGUUUGCGAAAUAAUGCCAGAGGUCAGAAUCCGGAAGAAGCUCAUUUAUUAUUGCAAAAUGAUGGCGAAUUCGGGGUUCGUCUUACCAAAGACAUUUCUGUCAGCGUAAGCUCCGGAGAUUUGCUUGACACCAGGAAACCGGGUGAUUUGGAAGGUGAUGGUAUAUUUAAUGAACGAUCGGGUGCAUCAGCCUAUUUGAAGGAACAGUUCUUUUCAUUCUUUCAACCCACUGGAAAUAAGUUGGCAAUGAAACUGUUUGGGACAAAGAUGGCACUAGAUAGAGAAAAACAAAGAUUGGAACAGCAAGGAAGGUGGAUUAUACAUCCUUGCAGUAAUUUCCGGUUUUACUGGGAUGUUGUCAUGCUUCUAUUGCUAAUAGCCAACCUCAUUAUACUCCCAGUGGCGAUCUCAUUUUUCAACGAAGAAUUGAGUAUUCAAUGGAUUGCCUUUAAUUGCAUUUCGGAUACCGUAUUCCUUGUAGAUAUUGCGGUAAACUUUCGCACAGGUAUCAUCAAAAACAAUUUUGCGGACGAAAUAAUGCUCAAUCCAAAAGAAAUUGCUCGUCAAUACAUACGAACAUGGUUUUUCUUGGAUCUAUUAAGUUCUUUACCAUUGGAUUAUAUAUACCUUAUCUUACACGAUAACGAAAAAUUCACUCAAUUUGUACAUGCGGGACGUGCACUUCGUUUUUUAAGGUUUGUCAAACUGCUCAGUCUCAUUCGACUACUGCGACUUUCCCGUUUGGUUCGUUACGUCAGUCAGUGGGAAGAGUUCCUCAAUCUGGCGAAUAAAUUUAUUGGUAUUUUUAACUUGGUAUUGCUGCUUCUCCUACUUGGUCACUGGAACGCGUGUCUUCAAUUCCUCAUCCCCAUGCUCAAUGACUAUCCCGUGGACAGUUGGGUGAGCAAAGGGAAACUACAGGUAAGUCCGUAG